AUGAACAACGCGUCGUCCUGCACGCUAGAGCUGACCAAUGAGUCUCGCCCAGGGCCCACUCCCGGCUGCUCCAACGCAUCCAGCCUGCCGCCACCACCGCUGCCACUGUCGCUGGCGGUGGCAGUACCAGUAGUGUACGCGCUGAUCUGUGCGGUAGGGCUGGCUGGAAACUCGGCGGUGCUGUUUGUGCUGCUGCGGGCGCCGCGUCGGAGGACUGUCACCAACUUGUUCAUUCUUAACCUGGCCAUCGCUGACGAGCUCUUCACUCUUGUGCUCCCCAUCAAUAUCGCUGACUUCCUACUGCGCCAGUGGCCCUUCGGAGAACUCAUGUGCAAAAUCAUCGUGGCAAUCGACCAGUACAACACCUUCUCCAGCCUGUACUUCCUCACAGUCAUGAGUGCCGACCGCUACCUGGUGGUGCUGGCCACCGCUGAAUCGCGCCGCGUGGCUCACCGCUCUUACGGAGCGGCGCGCGUUGUUAGCGUGGCUGUGUGGAGCCUGGUCACGCUCGUGGUGCUGCCCUUCGCAGUGUUCGCGAGGCUCGACGACGAGCAGGGACGGCGCCAGUGUGUGCUGGUCUUCCCGCAGCCUGAGGCCUGGUGGUGGCGCGCCAGCCGCCUCUACACGCUCGUGCUGGGCUUCGCCCUCCCGGUGACAGCCAUCUGCGCCCUCUACACCUCCCUGCUGUGCCGGCUGCGUGCCAUGCGGCUAGACAGCCAUGCUCAGGCCCUGGACCGCGCCAAGAAGCGAGUGACAGUGCUGGUGGUGGCCAUCCUGGCCGUGUGCCUGCUCUGCUGGACGCCCUACCACUUGAGCACCGUAGUGGCGCUCACCACGGACCUCCCGCAGACUCCACUGGUCGUCGCUGUGUCCUACUUCAUCACCAGCCUGAGCUAUGCCAACAGCUGCCUCAAUCCUUUCCUCUACGCUUUUCUGGACGACAACUUCCGCAGGAGCCUCAACCAGUUGCUCUGCCGUGAGGAGGCCGCCUGA